UACACAUCUCAAGAAAGAAACAUGGCAGGAGGAGACGUCGCCGCCGACCAUCGGAAUGACGACCAGGAGCCGUCGGUGGAGGCGCCGUUCGCGGGGCAGUCGCCUCCGCCGUGGUGGCGGCAGGUCACGGCGCGGUCGGUGGCCGCGAGCGUGGUGCUCGGCACCGUGUUCAGCUUCAUCUCGAUGAGGAUCGGGCUGACCACCGGCCUGGUGCCGUCCCUCAACAUGUCGGCGAGCCUGCUGAGCUUCUUCGUGAUCAGCUCGUGGACGCGGCUGCUGGGCCGCUGCGGCGUGGCCACCCAGGCCUUCACCAGACAGGAGAACGUCGUCGUCCAAACCUGCAUCAUCUCCUGCGCCACGCUGUCGCUCUACGGCGGCUUCACGUCCUACUUGCCGGCGAUGACCGAGACGGUAGCAAAAUCAGCCGGCGGGACAGGCACAGGGAAAGAUGUGUAUACGCUGCAUACAGGAAAGGUCAUGGCCUUCCUCUUCCUCAUCAGCUUCUCCAGCUUGUUCUGCACGCUCCCGUUGAGGAAGAUCAUGAUUCUGGACUACAAAUUGAUGUACCCAUCUGGUUCAGCUAUCGCUGGCAUUGUCAACAGCUUCCACACGCCAAAGGGGGCUGCAACAGCAAAAUUGCAAGUGCGCGCUCUGGUGAAAUCUCUGGUUGGAAGCUUCACGUGGGCUGCCUUCCAAUGGUUCUACACGGGAGGAGACGGCUGUGGCUUCCAAGCCUUUCCUGUCUUCGGACUCAAGGCGUACAGGGAACGAUUCUACUUUGAUUUCUCCCCGAGUCUCGUCGGCGUCGGCAUGAUCUGCCCUUACCUAGUAAAUUUCUCGCUGCUCUUCGGAGCCGUCGUUUCAUCGGGGAUCAUCUGGCCCGUUCUGCAAGGCAAGCAAGGGAAAUGGUUCACCGACCCUUCGCCGACCAGCUUCAGAGGAAUCAAUGGAUACAAGGUGCCCAUGGGCAUCUCGAUGGUGCUUGGGGAUUCCUUAUUCCAGCUGAGUGCAAUCAGCAUCAGGGCAGCACGCCACUUCCACCAAAAAAGCCAGGAACAAAAGGGUCUCAAGGGUGUAGCAGAUGAUGGUGGUUCUGAUGAACAGUCGUCUCCUAGCUUCGAUGAUCGGCGCAGGAUCCAGAACUUUCGGAACGAGGACAUGCCGACCCAUUUCGCGCUUGUUGGCUACCUAAUAUUUGCCACCAUCUCGACGAUCUUCGUCCCGCGCAUCUUCCCGCAGAUCAGAUACUACCAUGUCGCCUUGUGCUACGCCAUGGCUCCCCUCCUUGCGUUCUGCAACUCCUAUGCUUCUGGACUCACGGACUGGUCUCUCGGCACCGUCUAUGGCAAGCUCGCUAUCUUCAUCGUCGGGGCAUGGGUAGGUGAAGCAUCCGGUGGCGCAAUCGCCGGCCUUGCGGCCUGCGGCGUGGUGGUGGUGGUCAUCGGUAAUGCCGCGGAGCUCAUGCAAGACUUCAAGACGGCGUACCUGACACUCACCUCGCCGUUGUCCAUGUUCGCGAGCCAGGUGAUCGGAACAACGCUCGGUUGCCUCAUCAACCCGUUCGUCUUCCUCGGCUUCCAGAAAAUCGUUGGCAAGGAGCACCUGGGAGAAGCUGGAUCGGUCUACGCGGCGCCCAUGGCCGUCGCCUACCGCGGAAUCGCAGCGCUAAGUGUUGAAGGAAUCAAGACACUUCCCAAACACUCCAUCAAGCUCUGCAUAGCUUGCUUCGUCCUGGCCUUGUGCUUCGAUAGCCUGGAAGCAAUUGCCAGGGCAAAUAACUGGAGGGUGAAAGGCUGCAUUCCAAACAUCAUGGCCAUGGCGAUCCCCUUCUUUGUUGGACCAACAUUCACCAUAGACAUGUUCGUGGGGAGCCUGAUACUCAUCAUCUGGAAGAGGGCAGAUAGGCAAGCUGCAAAUAUGCUUGGAAUUGUAGUGGCGUCAGGUUUGAUCUGUGGAGAUGGUCUCUGGGCACUGCCUAUGGCGUUCCUUUCGAUUUUCAAAGUCGAGCCGCCUAUCUGCAUGAAGUUCCUGUCUAGCUACCAGAAUAAGGAAAUGCAGCAGCAUUUCGUACCCGACUUGGCAACUCCGCGAUGA